UUUUCUUUUUUUUUGGAGUCAUUAUCUAUUCUUAUACAAACCAUCAAAAUGAACUUAAAAGUUCAUUCUAUAUUUACUUCACUCUUUUUUGUUCUAUUAAUCAUACCAUGUCUUCAAUUGGCGAGUGCUCAAGAGAUGGCUAUGAAUCAUGCAGAGCAUGAUAUGCUGAAUGAAGAAGUUCCUGCAUUUAAUGCAACCGGAGAUGAACCAAUGUCUUAUGCUUUACUUCCUGAUAAUAAAGGUUUAUUCUAUAUUCAUGUUACAUUUAUGUCGAUUGCCUUUUGGAUUUUAAUGCCUAUUGGUAUUAUGCUCGGUAUUGCAAGGUCUAAUUUACAUAUGCCAAUUCAAAUCUUAACUUUUACUUUUGCCAUGUUUGGAUUCUUUUUUGGUAAAUUAUAUGGUCAUAGUACUCCUCAUUUAUAUCAAGGUAAUAUUCAUCAUACCUUUGGCUGGAUUCUCUAUAUCCUUUUUAUUUUACAAUUUGUGGCUGGCUUUGUACGUAAAAUUGCAAAUGCUGUCAAGAAUCAUAUUAUGGCUGAAAGUAAUCAGUAUGAAGCAAUUGGACUUGUAAGUCAAGAACAAGGAAGAUCGAUUAGAAGUGAUAGUCUUAUGUCUGGCUCCACUUUACAGAAUAAUCAUGAUAAUGUAGCCUUCGAUGAUGAAGAUCAAAUUUCUUCUUUCAAUGAGGAGACCUUGGAGAUUGAUCAAGAGGACCCAUUAAUGAGUUACUCAUUUACUGAAGAAAGAAGAGUGGACUCCAUUUCAAAACGUUUGAUAAAUAUGGUUUUACCCUAUAUUCCCAAUUUUAUCAAGAGAGGCUUUGAAAUUGCAGCUGAUAACACAUUCACAAAUACAAUCUGUCGUUUCUUCCAUUUAAUUAUGGGUCGUAUUUUUGUUUUACUUAUUUUCACUCAAACAAUAAGUGGUUUAGUAGUAUAUCAUGGUGUUUGUCGUGGCUGGACCAUUUUUGGCUGUAUUGCACAUUUAAUCAAGGGCGCUGUUUUUUAUUUUUAUGGUAUAAUUACUUUUGCUCGUUAUCUUGGUGCAUUCUCAGAAAAGGGAUGGGCCUGGAAUUAUGUUGAAAAUGGAAAUAAGUUUAGUUUUGAAAUGAUUGAAUGUUUCCUUAUAUUCUUUUAUGGUAUUACAAAUACUUGGAUGGAACACUUUGGUCAAGAUUCCACAUGGACUCAUAAAGAUCUUGAACAUGCUAGUUUAGCAUUUAUGUUUUGGUGGGCAGGUUUACUUGGUAUGCUUAUUGAAAGUCGUGCUAUUCGUAGAAUGCUCGAAAAAGCGAUGCCGGAAAUACCUUACAAGGUUUCAAAUCGUCGUAGAAAUCGAUCUUCUAAUAGUGACGAAAAGGCUUAUGAUGCUGAUGCUGAUGAUGACAAUGAGAAAUAUAGUUUGAAGAAAAAGUAUUCACCGGCCAAUCUAACUCAUUUCAAUCCUAUUCCUGCCUUGACUGUUUUCAUGACCGGCAUUUCUAUGGGGAAUCAUCAUCAAGAUACAAUUUAUUCAAGUCGAGUCCAUUAUCUUUGGGGUCUUCUAAUUUCUGCCGCCUCUAUCUGUCGUUUUAUUACUUAUUUAUCACUCUUUAGAAACCCUCCAAAGAAUAAUAUACCUACUCGACCUCCAAGUGAAGCUCUAGGUGCAUUCUUAUUAGUAGCUGGCGCCAUUCUUUUUAUGGCAUCCAAUCAUGGUACUAUGUUAUGGUUAAGACGUAACCAUGUUGAUUCAAUGUUCUUACUGAACGUUACUGUUUCUCUUACUGCUAUGACAUUAUCCUAUGUUACCUUCUUAGUUAUUAUAAAGGCUUGGGCAAUUAAUCGAGAAAGUAACAAAUGUAUGAAAAAAUUGAACUAUUAUUCUCAUCGUCAAAGAUUAAGAAGCGUUGAAGAAAAUCAACAGCAAGUACAUUUUGAAGUGAAUAAUGAUAAUAACGAAUUAUAGUUUAUCGAAUGCGCGUAUAUAUUAGAAACAUGUUAAAAUUACUUUAUUUUAUUAUAUAUUUGUUAAUUCUUUUUUUUUUAUUUAAUUUAUUUAAUAACA